UUGGCGCUUCGAGCACGUAUCCGCGGAUACACCGGAAUAACAAAAAAAAACACAAAUAAAAAAAGCUCAAACAGCUCAAACAAUCCAACACUCAGCUGUUCCGCGUGUAAAGACCCUCGAAUACUGUUCGAUUUUAGCGAAAGAUGGAUGGACUGCAAAGUGCUUGCAUCGAUGCUGGCGCUGAUGGACAGUCAUAAAUUCGGCGUGAAAUUCGCGCAGAUACUUAGAUACUCGGCCAUAGCGCAAAUACUUAUCGUGAUCUGUGACAAAUUGCUCGUGUGCGUGUGUGUUUGUGAUACCAAAAGCCGUCCAAAUCCGUCGCUUAGCCCUUUGCGGCCAAUUACCCAUUAGAACCAUCCAAAACAUUCGUCUGCAGGUAGAACGCAAAAGUCUAGCCAGUUUGCCCUCAGGAUGCCAUCGGAUUAAUUUCCCAGAUAUCCGGAUGGUUGUGACAAUUUUACCUUUGUAAUUGUGCACUUUGAUUUCCGUACUCAGCAUAAGUGAAAAUCGUAGUUCAGUGCAGUGAAAAUCAGAAUACAAACUCACUUCAACGGAGGUGAACGCCGUCGGCUAACUAAAAUUACUCCAAUCCACGACUACGACCCCUGGCUUCAGAAUGGAUCCCGACUGCUUUGCGAUGUCCUCGUAUCAGUUCGUCAACUCGCUGGCCUCCUGUUAUCCGCAGCAGAUGAAUCCGCAGCAGAAUCACCCGGGAGCGGGCAAUUCGAGCACGGGUGGUAGCGGAGGAGGGGCGGGCGGUAGCGGGGGCGUGGUGCCCAGCGGCGGGGCGAACGGUGGUCAGGGCAGUGCGGGGGCGGCCACUCCGGGUGCGAACGAUUACUUCCCAGCCGCGGCGGCCUAUACGCCUAACCUAUACCCAAACACUCCGCAGGCCCACUACGCCAAUCAGGCGGCAUACGGCGGACAGGGAAACCCGGAUAUGGUGGACUACACCCAGCUGCAGCCGCAGCGACUGCUCCUACAGCAGCAGCAGCAACAGCAGCAGCAGCAACAUGCCCAUGCAGCGGCAGCAGUUGCUGCCCAGCAGCAGCAGCAACUCGCCCAGCAGCAACACCCGCAACAGCAGCAACAGCAGCAGCAGGCGAACAUCAGUUGCAAGUACGCCAACGAUCCAGUGACGCCGGGCGGAAGUGGGGGCGGGGGUGUUUCCGGUAGCAACAACAACAACAAUAGCGCCAACAGCAACAACAACAACAGCCAGUCUCUAGCCAGUCCACAGGAUCUGUCCACCAGGGACAUAUCGCCCAAGCUGUCGCCCAGCUCAGUGGUGGAGAGUGUGGCCCGAUCGCUGAACAAGGGCGUCCUGGGCGGAAGCUUGGCGGCCGCCGCUGCCGCCGCCGGUUUGAACAACAACCACAGCGGAUCGGGAGUGUCCGGAGGUCCUGGGAACGUCAAUGUUCCCAUGCACAGUCCUGGGGGCGGGGAAUCGGACUCCGAGAGCGAUAGCGGCAAUGAGGCGGGCAGUAGCCAGAACAGCGGCAACGGAAAGAAGAACCCGCCGCAGAUAUAUCCGUGGAUGAAGCGAGUGCAUCUCGGAACGAGUACUGUGAAUGCCAAUGGCGAGACGAAACGACAACGGACCUCAUACACCCGCUACCAGACGCUGGAGCUGGAGAAGGAGUUCCACUUCAACCGCUACCUGACCCGCCGCCGCAGGAUCGAGAUCGCGCAUGCCCUGUGUCUCACGGAGCGGCAGAUCAAGAUCUGGUUCCAGAACCGGCGCAUGAAGUGGAAGAAGGAGCACAAGAUGGCCUCGAUGAACAUCGUACCCUACCACAUGGGUCCAUAUGGCCACCCGUACCACCAGUUCGAUAUCCAUCCGUCGCAGUUCGCGCACCUGAGCGCAUAGGACGCGUGGCACUUUUCGGGUACUG